UGCCCCUGGUACUAGGCCUGCCUGCCCGUGUCCCCUGGACUCUGGGUGCUGUGGUUGCCCCUUGUUCGGGUGUUCCCAAGUUCUCACUGGUGGCCGGGACCACAGCAUAGCCAACAGACCUCCCAUUGUUCACCUGCAGCUGCUCGGUGGGCUAGACGGGGCUGAGGAGUGGGAAGACGGGAGGGCCCAGGAGGUGCGGUGUCUUGAGGAUCUCUGGAGGAAGGGAACAAACAGACCUCAAGUGCAGGUGGACAGGGCAGUUAGCUGCACGUUUCAGGGUGAGUGUGGGGAGCACGUUGGGAGUGCACCAGGCAGUGUGGGGAUGAAUGUUGGCACAGAGCUUUGUUUUUCCUGUCUUGGGUCAAGUGGCCCCUCCACGAAAGGGGUCUUCCCCGCCCCGGAGUUGUGUGUCUACUGCUGUGUGUCACUGGAGUAGUUUAGUUGCACAGCUGCCAUCAGAGAGCUGUGAGCAGAACCCAGAAUUAAUUUUACUGUCCAAGGGCUAUGAAACAAUGCUGCUCCCAUCGGGUGCACAGCACCUGGUUGUGGACACCCACAGUUUCAUCAAGCCACGUGCCUCGGGGACACAUUUCUGUAUCCCAGGAGGCAAAGGCAGGACCCAGGAGUUGGGGGCUGGGGCUGGGCCCUCGACGGUGUCUGACUCAUCAGGAGCCCGGAAGUCACCCGACAGGGCUUAUAGUAGGUGGUGAGCGCUCUUGUCUCAACUCCAAGAACAUUUAGCGCCAAGUGUUAGGAGGUUUGAGGCCAUUUAGACCACAGUAGUGAUGUCUUCGUGCUGAGGACCUGAGCAUGUUGGGUCUUUAUGAACUUGCUUCAACAGUUCCAUUAGAGUAACAGUCUCAUAACCCAGUGUGCGGUUGAGCAGCUGCUGAGCGUCGGGACUAGGUUGCACUGUCAGCUUCAAGCUCUGUGUAUAACAGCAGCCAGCAUUUGCAGAGGGCUUGUCUGUUACACUAAAACCUGUAGUACUUGAUAAGCAGGAUGAUACAUUUAUACGGUAAAUUUAAAAUAUUUGAAAAAUUGCCAAGUGGGACCGGACUGCGGCAGUCCCGAAGCCCCGCCCCGUCCCCAGCCCCCCGCCCUACCCCAGUGAGCAAAGUCUGAGGCCCCGAGGCAGCGAGUGCGCACGCGCGGGCCCUUGAGCGGAACCUUGGAGUGCCGGAACCUUCGGGCGGGGUUGCGGGCUGGGCGGAGAGGUCAGUAGAGGGAACGGCUCCCGGGGCUGCUGUGGGGCUCGGCGCCGGGCGUCAUGAGGCUGACUCCUCGCGCGCUGUGCAACGCCGCGCGGGCGGUCUGGCGGGAGAGCUUCCCCUUGGGCGGUCGUGAUGUGGCGCGCUGGUUCCCCGGCCACAUGGCUAAAGGGCUGAAGAAGAUGCAGAGCAGCUUGAAGCUGGUGGACUGCAUCAUCGAGGUCCAUGAUGCCCGGAUCCCACUUUCAGGCCGAAACCCUCUGUUUAAGGAAACCCUUGGGAUCAAGCCUCACUUGCUCAUCCUCAACAAAAUGGACUUGGCUGACCUGAAGGACCAGCAGAAAGUUAUACAGCACUUGGAAGGACAAGGCCUAAGAAAUGUUAUGUUUACCAACUGUGUCAAGGAUGAGAACAUCAAGCAGGUCAUCCCGGCAGUCACAGAGCUGGUUCGGAGCAGCUACCGCUACCACCGAGGAGAGAGUGUGGAGCUCUGCAUCAUGGUGAUUGGCAUCCCCAAUGUGGGCAAGUCCUCGCUCAUCAACUCACUCAGGAGACAGCACCUCAGGAAAGGAAAAGCCACCAGGGUGGGUGGUGAGCCCGGGGUCACGAGAGCCGUCAUGUCCAGAAUUCAGGUGUGUGAGCGGCCGCUGAUGUUCCUGCUGGACACUCCUGGGGUGCUGGCUCCUCGGAUCGAGAGCGUGGAGACGGGCUUAAAGCUGGCCCUGUGUGGAACCGUGCUGGACCACCUGGUCGGGGAGGAGACCCUGGCUGACUACCUUCUCUACACCCUCAACAGGCACCAGCUGUUUGGGUACGUGCAGCACUACGGCCUGGGCGAGGCCUGCGACGACGUGGCAAGUGUGCUGAAACGCGUGGCCGUGCGGCUGGGGAAGACGCAGAAGGUGAAGGUGCUGACGGGCACAGGGGACGUAAAUGUCAUCCAGCCCAACUACACCGCAGCAGCCCGUGAUUUCCUGCGGACCUUCCGCAGUGGGCUGCUGGGCCCCGUGAUGCUGGACCGGGACGCCCUGCAGAGUGCCCACGCAUAGGCCCUGCCCGGUGUCAGCCCCGGGAUGCGUGGCAUCCCAGACCUUCAUAUUCAGGCGUGACACUUGGGGCUCCCUUUGCUGGAAGCUGUGUGCCGGUCACUGUGCACUCAGGUCUCUGCUGCGGGAGCAGGCUGUGCCCUCCCGCCACUGCACAGCCAGGCCAGCUGUUGCUUCUGGGGGACGGUGCCUGGAGCGAGGAUGUCAGCCCUGCCAGCCUGGCCUGGCCAGGACACUUGCUCGCGCUCGCUGUCUCACACAGAGAAGCUGGUGCUGUCCUGGGAGGAGUGAGAUCUGUGAAUUAAACGUGUGAGACCGAAA